ACACAUGGCUUUGAGGUGAGUGCGCUCGGCCGACGACGAGCGAGACGGGGCACGGACACGUCUCCAUACGACAGUCCCGUCGACGAGUUCGGACAAGACCAGGGCGAUGGUGUGAAGGAGCUCGGUCACCGCCUGUCUGCCUGUCUGUCUGCCUGUGUGUGUGUGUGUGUGUGUUUGAGGGGUGUGUGUCUUGACGUUUGCUCCACCUCCACCGCCUUGAACCAGAGUCGCAGCUCGGCGGCGCGGGGCGAGGGCAGACUUCUCCAGAGGAAGCGGGCGGAGCGCAGGCGAGAGGAGCGCACGAUGGCCGAGAACAAGAUGGGCCCGAACCUCCAGGCUGGAGCCGGGUUCCUCGCCAAGCGGGUCCAGAAGUCCCUGAAUCGGGCCCAGGAGAAGGUGCUUCAGAAACUGGGUAAAACCAUGGAGACCAAAGACGAACAGUUUGAGCUGUGUUUUCAGAACCUCAACAGGCAGCAGAUCGACGGAGGCAAGUUGUUUAAAGACGUCAAAGCCUACCACGCAGCUGUGAAAGCUGUACAUGAGACCUCCAAGCGGCUGUCCCAGACGUUGCGAGACGUCUACGAGUCAGACUGGAACGGAGUGGAGGACGUGGCUGUAAUUACAGAGAGUGAAGACUUGCUGUGGAAUGACUAUGAAGAGAAAAUGAGUGACCAGAUUGUCCGCACAAUGGAGAACUACACAAGUCAGUUCCCCGAGGUCAAGGAGCGAGUUGCCAAACGUGGCCGCAAGCUGGUGGACUAUGACUCAGCGCGUCACCACCUGGAGGCGCUGCAGAGCACCAAGAAAAAGGAUGAAGCCAAAGUGGCAAAGGCAGAAGAAGAGUUUAACAAGGCCCAGAACGUAUUUGAAGAAAUAAAUAACGAGCUGCGGGAGGAGCUGCCUGUUCUCUACCAGAGCCGUAUAGGUUGCUACGUGACAGUAUUCCAAAACAUAUCAAACCUGAGAGAUGUCUUCUAUAAGGAAAUGAGCGGGCUCAAUAGUGAACUUUACAAUGUGAUGAAGAAACUGGAGACUCAACACUCGGGAAAAGCUUUCAUCGUCAAGGGCCUGAACAGCACAUCAGGCAAGUCGAAGAAGAGAAAGUCCCUGGCUAUCUCCAAUCCCAUCCCCUGCAAUACUGCAUUCCCAGCCGACCACGUCUCCAUCCAUGCCUCCACUGAAAACGUAAAAGACGCCGUGCCCUCCUCCCCCCCUGCCCAACGAACGCAAAGCGUCUCCGAAGAAACCUGCCCACCAGAAGACAGCAGCGUCUCAUCCAAAGAUGUCAACUCAUCGAACUCUGAUCUCAGCUCCAGCGGGACCAACACACCCAAGAGGCAGUCGGUGUGUGGCAGCGACAGGAGCACGGGAGUUCAGAGUGUGGAAGAGGAGGAGGAGGAGGAGGAGGAGGAGGCGCUGGCAGUGGCAGGAGAGGCAGAAGCAGAGCAUGCUGCAAACCAGUCGGAUGACUCCGGGGUGGGAGUCCCAAAGUCCGAGGUGGCAGGUCAGGAGGUGUGUAAUCCCUCUGAUGCUGCAGACAGCGAUGCCCUGCACACUCCUGAGCAGGAGACUGUGGGGGAUCCAGCAUCAGAGGAGGUCACGGCCAAACCUGCACCGGUUCCUGCUCCUCGCAUCUCCUUCCGCUGCACUGACAGACCCGCCCUCCUUCCAGCUGAGCAGCAGGAGGAGACAAAAGAAGCAUUAGCCAACCAGGAGAUGGCUGAAUCAGCAAAUGACUCCUCUUCCCACACUCCACCAGGCUUCCAAUACAAGGGGUUGGCGAUAGAGAGCCAUGCCGCAUCUGAGGACGGCCUACUCCAGUUUGAACAGGGAGACGUCAUCCUGGUUCUCGCUGAGACUCAAGAGCAGGAAGGCAUGGUGAAGGGGAUCAGGGAGGAGAGCUGGAAUGAGCACACGGAUCUACAGAAUCACUCUGGGAUCUUCUCGGAAAAACUCAUCCAGCCUGUGCAGGCAGAGUGACGCAAUGGUCACUCCUCAGUCUGUAAUACUUUCUUCUUCCACUGAACAGCUAGGAUGACACACACACACACACACUCACACUCACACACUCACACACACACACACACACUCACACACACACACACACACACACACACACACACACACACACACACACACACACAGAGGGAGUGAACCCACAUGUUUUGGGUGCAGAAGCUGUACAAACAGAUGAGUCCAAGUCCCACGUGGUUGCUCACAUGCUAUGAUGUUGCAACUUGUGGAACAAAAGUGACUGAGCUGAAGUACAUUUUGUAAGACAUGUUUGGAAAAGUUACAGUAUUUUCUUUAUUUUGGUAUUUUUAAAGUCUUUCUAUGAAACACUGUGAAACAAAAAGUUUUUUAUGAUGAUGCUUUACAUCUUGAGUAAAAUUACCCAAUAAAGUUCUAAUUAAAAGAGAA